AUGCUGGUGAAAUAUACCAGUAUCAUUAUAAUAAGCUGGCUAUUUGAUGCAUUUACUUCCAGGAAAAAAUGUGAAAUAAUCAAAUUGAAGAAUCCAUUUAAAAAAGCAUAUGCAAAAAAUAAACAAUAUGAAUUCUUUUCAAAAAGGGUAUUAUCUGAUUUGAUUAAGAAUAACCAAUUUAUUGAAAAUAAAUAUGAAAGUGAAAAAACGUUAAAUUAUCCUAAAAAAAUAAAACAUGGAAAAAAAAUUACUACAAAGAGUGAAAAUGUGCAUGAGGAUACAAAGAGAGCUAAAUAUCAGGUUACUAUGUUUAAAUUUGCAAGAAAGUUGAAUUUCUUAUUAUAUACAAAUUAUAUAGAGUUAUAUAGCUCGUUACAGAUUUUACUGGCACAAUACUGUUAUCCACGAAUAGCUAGAUGUAAUAGUAAACCAGGAGGAUGCUGGUGCUAUAAAGGUUCGAAAUCGUUUAUUAAUAUUAAUAACUAUGCAUGCCUAGACAAUUGUGGAAAUUUUGUAAUGUGCAAAAGUCCUAUACAAUUAAAACUUCAUGAGCAAAUACCUCAAAAUUUUAUAUCAAAUAAUAAAAUAAUAACUUGUAUUGUUUCAAGUAUUCAAAAAAAAUUAAAUAAUUUGUGUGGUAAAAAUAAAUUGUUCAGAAUUAAUGCAUCUAUAUAUUAUUGUAUACCAAAUAAUGCUAUAGAUAUUAAUGUAAUUGGCAAAUAUUGUAUAAGUGAUAUUACAACUGUAAUAGAAUGCCACGGAUUUAUAAAUUCUAGUUAUUUAUCUUUUAUAGAAGAGUUUAAAAUCAUUGAUAAAGAAAAAUUUGACGAUACAAUGAAUAAUACAUGCGAUGAGGGUAUUAUAGAAAACGGUGCAAACUAUUUAGGUUGUCAGAAUCGUUCUAUUUCGGGAAAAAUAUGCUUGCCAUGGAAUACGAUAAAUACAAUACAAAUAAAUGAACAAAAAGAUAUAAAACAUAAUUUCUGUCGAAAUUUUGAAGAUAAAAAAACCAUAUACUGCUUCGUUCGUUUUAAAGAUUUUAUUUAUAGAGAAUUUUGUAAAGUUAAAGAAAGUAUAUUAACUGUCAACAAUAUUACUUAUUCACACCAGGAGGAUUUUGUUUUUGAUCUAACAAUGAAAAAUGUUUCUGAUUUUGAUAUACGAAUUUCUGAUUAUAGUUGCACUAAUCCAUUAAAUUAUAAUAAUCGUUUUAAUUUUAGUGCUGAAAAAAAAUAUGAACUCUAUAAAUAUCAUGAAAUUGAUAACGAAAUAGCUUUGACAAUUGUAUUUCUAAAACCAUAUCGCUAUACAAUAAGUUAUUUACGUAAUAAUGAUAUUUUAUAUAUUUGUGCAUGCUCUAAAGAUUAUUAUGAAUCAGAAGUCUUAAGCUGUAAUAAUAAAAAAUAUUAUACACAAAUUGGAAUAAUAAAUUUUGUGAACAAAUUUACUAAUACACGCUCUAAUGUUUUAUACCUAAAUGAAAGGAACCCAAUAUUCAUUGAUAUGUAUAAUGAGGCGAUAAAAAAUAAAGAGUUAUAUAUCUUUAAUGCAGAUUACUCAUAUCAAUGUGAUAGACUAUCAGCUUUAGAAAACAAAACACAUAUGCUUUCGGAAAAUAUAUUAAAUAUAAGUAUGAACCAUAUGGCCCAAAAAAUUAAUCCCCCUUUAGAUCCAAACAAAAAAAAAUCCUACAUUUACGAAUAUGGCAACAUAGCUUAUGAUUUAAAAAGUUUGAUAACUAACUUUAAUGAGAAAAAAUACAAGCAAAAACCUAUCGGCGAAAUUGACAAAUAUGGCAUACUCCUAAAUACACACAUUGAAAAUAAUAAAGAAUAUAUCAACCGAAAAAUAAAUGAGAUGCUUAAAGACAUAACCAUUCAGCAGAUUAAAAAUUUACAAAAGGGUAGUAAUAUAAUAUGCAUUAAGCACAAUAAAAAUCAGGAGAUAUAUUUUUCCUAUAUAGGGAAAAUAAUAUAUACUGGUUUAUAUAAUUCAAGAGAUAAAUACAUUUUAAUAAAUAAAAAUAGUAAUAACAAUGAUAAUUUUAUUUAUGAAAAUAUAAUAUACAUCAAAGAUUCUUUGUACCCAAUUUAUAAUAAUUUAUUUUCAAUCAGCCCCAAUCCCUGCUCACAGUCCAGUGAGCAUUUAAAUAAUGCAAAGAUUAUCCCAUUAACCUACGAAAAGCACGUUAGUAGAUUUAAAAAUAUGAUUAAUCCUCUUUUUUCUUACAACAAUUACAAUCAUAAUAAACAUCAAUUAUAUUUUUUUGAAAAAAAAAAUGAUUUUUUUUUUUUUACAUUUAAAAACAUGUUAAAUAAAAAAAAGGAUUCAGUCAAUUAUUUAUGUCAACAAAUUAGUGAUACUCAAGAAUUUAAAACGAAUUGUCUAUUCAUAUAUUCCUCUUUUCAUUUGGUUUAUUAUAUAGAAUUUGCACACCCCUUUUAUAUAUAUACUAUACCAACAAGUAUACACAAUAAUUAUAUACGAAAUGAUAAAGAUUUUGAUGUUCUAAAUACAUUUUUUAAUUUUAGAAAUGUAGAUUUUGUAAGUCAUAAAACUAAAAUACUAUCUUUAUGGUCUCAUCAAAAUGACAACUUUGCAUCUUUAUGGUUGAUUUCCUCGCAAAGUUUGACGCCAUUUUUUUUGACUAAAUAUGAUAUACAUUCCCCAAAAUAUUCUUUUAUAUUUCUAAAAAAUCAAAAGGAUGGGUCUACUUCUGAUGUUAAGAAUGGUGACACUUUUGGCAAUAUAGAUUCUACAUCUAAUACAAAAACGGUAAACAUCACACCUACUUUGAAUCCUAAAUUAAAUUCUCCAAAAAUCGAAAGAAAGUCAGAUAUCGUGGCAAAUAUAUAUACAUUCAGCAAAGAUACCUUAAUGAUUAAUAAAUAUGAAACAAUAGAUUUUUUCAUCCUUAAAAGUGUAAAAAGCAUCCUUUAUGUAAAAAUGGCUGACGUAUCUGAUAUUAUCACAUUUACCUUUAAUAAUGAACAUUUUUUUUUAUUAUUGUUUAAAAAUAAUAGUAUCUCUAUAUUAAAUAGCAAUUUAGAUAAUAUACAGGUCUCCAAAAACAAUUUUAAUAUACACGUAUACGGAGUACCUAUUAAAAUAAAAUGUGAUAAAGGUGAUAAAAAAUUAACAUGUUUUGUUUUAUAUAAAUAUCAUAAAAUUCUUUGGAUUGACCUUUUAUUUAGUUCUAAUAAUUUAGUAACAAAAAGCAACAAUAUAAAUAAUCCAAGUCUAACCAGCUUAAAGGAUACACAUAAACAAAGAACAGGAUCGAACAAUUUUCUUGAAAAUCAAAUUAAAAGCCAAAUUUACAAUAUUGAAGUAAAGUAUAUAUAUAGAUAUGAUGAAGAAAAUACAGAAAUAUUAUCUGAUGUUUCUAACGAUAUGGUUAUUACCGGAAAGUUAAAUGACUAUGUCAUUUAUAUUUCUAAUAAAGAUUCCAAUAAAAUACACAUAUAUUUUACAAAUCGUUAUAAAGAAAAUAUUAGUUAUUAUAAAUAUAUAAAAAAUGAGCAUAUAUAUAAUUAUAAUAUUAUAUCCUUAUUUACUUAUAAUUUUCACGAUACAACUUUUAUUAAUUCAUAUAUAACUAAAUCACCAUAUGAAACAAAUGCAAUAACUUCUUUUGCUCAUGAAAAUUUAAUUGUUACAAAAAUUAAAUAUAAUUACAAACCCUGGUAUAUUUACAAUGAAAAAAUAACGAUGGUACCCAUAAUUGAAGGUGAUAAAGUUCAAAUCAAAUAUUUUAGCAUACAUUAUAAAAAAAAUAAAUCGAGGAAGGAUGCAUUGUUUAUUGAUAAAGGAAAAGGUGUCAUCGGAAUAAUUCUUAGCGAAGAUGGUAAUGAAAGUAUUAAUAUACAAAAAGACAUCGUCAAUAUGAUAGUUGUUAUGCAUGGGCUAUUUCAUACUUAUAGAACUGAAAUAGAGUUUAAUAUUGUAUGUGAAGAUGGGCAUUAUCAUAAACAUAAUAAAUGCCAUCCCUGUGAAAAAGGAUAUUACAACAAUUUAGAUGAGAUAAAAAAAAAUAACGGAAAUUAUAGCAAAUGUAUAGCUUGCGGAAAGAAUCGAACUACUUUAGCUGAAAAAGAAAAAUUUGAAACAAAUUGUCUAUGUGAUUUAGGAUAUGAAUAUAUAAAAGAUCCUAAUAACCCACGUAAUUUUAUAUGCUCACCAUGCUCUUAUGGAGAAUACAAAGAUACUAUCUCAAAUGAACUGUGUAAAGGAACUAUAUGCAUAGAAAAUGCUUCACAUUUUGUAUUAGAUAAAAAAGGUAUCCAGCCAAGUCAAUGUUUUUGUAACGGAGGCUAUUAUUUACAUCAUGAUAAAAAAGAUAAUGAAAAAUGUAUAAAAUGCUUAAAUAAUCAUUAUUGCCCUAGAAAUGACAACAAUUAUAAAAAAUGUCCAAUACAUAAUGUAACACUACAAAAUAACAGAACUGAUUUUGAGUCUUUAGAUAGCUGUUUAUGUAAAGAAGGAUACGAACCGAUUGAUAUGAACAAAAUAAAAAAUACCACAUCAAGAGAUUAUCAUUAUUAUAAUAUUUUUAUAACAAAAUAUCCAGAUCUAUUAAAAAUAGUUAAUAACAAUAAUAUAUGUAUGGAAUGUAAUUUAGGAUUUUAUAAAAAUAAAGCGUCUUCUGAUAAAUGCAUUAAAUGCCCAGGGAAUUCAACAACUACAACAUUUGGUUCUGAAUAUAUAGAAAAUUGCAAUUCGUGUCAUAAAGGUUAUUACAAAGAUCAAAAAAAACAUUGCUCUGAAUGCUUACCAAAUCAUUUUUGCGUUGGUAAAUCAGUAAAAAAUGAUAAACAUAAUAUAUCGCAAUAUGCUGGUGAUGCUGUUAUUUGUCCAAAUUAUUCUGUAACCUUACAACCAUAUGAAGAUAACUUUUCAUUUAAAGACUGUUUAUGCAUAAAAGGAUAUGAAAAAAAUUUUCAGGAUUUUUAUAAUAUAAGUAAUCAUUGUAAAAAAGCCCCUUUAAAUUUUUAUAAAGAUACAACAUCAAAUGAUUUAGCUAUUCCUUGUCCUGCUAAUAGUAUAACAUUGCAAACUGGAGCGACCUCAAUACAUAACUGUAUAUGUGAUAAGGGUUUUUUUUACGAUAAAAUGUCAUAUUCAUGCGUAGAAUGUCCAUAUGGGUAUUAUUGUUCUGAAAAGGAUAUGACAACGAAAUUAAAUCCCCCAAUAAAAUGCCCAAAAAAUUAUACCACAAUUUAUAAGGGUUCAUAUGAUAUAUCCAAUUGUGUGUGCGAAUCAGGCUAUACUGUGAAAACUGUAAUGGCGAAUCAUUACACUGUGAAUGGUGUCAUAAAAUCCUACGAAAAUGCAAAAAAUAAAAUUAAACUUCAAACAAAAAACACAACUUCAGUGUGCAUUAAAUGCCCACAAUCAAGUUAUAAAACCAAUAUAUCAAAUGAGCAAUGCAACGAGUGCCCUAAAAACUCGACGACAUUAAAAGACUUCAACAACGCUGAUAUAUUUUUUUGCUUAUGUACUAUGGGAUAUUAUACAGAUAAAAAAGAGUGUAAACCUUGUUGGUUUAAUAAAUUAUAUUGUGAAGGGGAAAAAAUAUAUCAAAUAGAAACGAUUAUAUAUGAUGAAAUUAUUAAUCUUAUUAAAAAAUAUAUCGGACUUUUAAAUGAACUAUCCGCCAAAAAAAGUUUUAUAAAUACAAUUAUUAAUGAAUAUAUUAAUAAAGGCUUAAUUUCAGAUAUUUCUCAUAUUAGUAUGAUGGAAAAGAAUAGCGAAAUUUGGGGAAACACUAUUCAAAGCAUAAGAAAAGCAAAACCUGAUAGAGAAAUAAAGCCACGUCAUAUAUACAAUCGUUUAGGGAUUAUAGCAACCAAAGAAAGACAAUUGAAAACGCCAAAAACGCGCAAUAAAAUCAAGAAAAUUGAAGUGGCUAAAAGUAUAGGAAACAAAAUUAUUGCAAAUAUUAGUCCCCAGUUGACACUAUUAAGUGAAGGAAACCAAAACAAUGAUACCGACGAAAAUAUACUAGCUAACCUUUUUUAUAAAAGCUCAACAAACUUAAUAUAUAUAAAACAUCAGAAAUUAAUAAAUUGCCAACAAAAUACAGUAAUCCCAUUGGGGGUUGAUUCAUCUCAAAAUUUUGAUGAUUGUAAAUGUAAAAAAGGUUAUUAUUUAGAAGAUAAAAAUGUUUUGAAGAAUAUAAAAAUAUGUAAACCAUGCCCAGAAGGCACAUUUAAAAAUUUUGUUGGCGAUGUUAAAAACUGUAUUUCAUGCCCUUCUAAGUCUACAAGUAUUAAAGGCUCAAUAUAUCCUAAUCAUUGCUUUUGUAAAGAAGGAUUUUUUUAUAGUAAAGAUAUGUGUUUAGAAUGUUUAGAAGGUGCUACUUGCAAUGGCGGAUUAUAUCCGAAUGCAAUGAAAAAAAUAAAAUUAGAUAUAGAAAAUGUAAAUAAAAUAAGACCAGAUGAUCAUGUAAAACCCGAAUCUAAAAAAGGAUACUAUUUAGAUGAAAGUAUAAUAAAUAUUAUAGAUGUAAGUGAAUGGAGAUUUAUAAAAUGCCCAAUAAGUGAUUCAUGCUUAGGAAAAAAUAAAUGCCACAUUACUAUGGAUAAUUAUUUGUGUAUUGAAUGUAAAAAAGGUUAUACCAAUAGUUUCACAAAGUCAAAAUGCAUAAAAUGCCCCAACAAUAUUACAAAUAUAAUAUUAUUAAUUCUUAUAUAUAUAAUUUUUUGCUUCAUUAUUAUAAUUAUUUCCUACUUAAAUAUUUCCUCUGGAUUUUAUAGAAGAUCUAUUCAUUCUAUUAUUAUAAAGAUUGCAGUUAACUAUGUUUCUAGUAUGCUCAUUGUAAAUAUUUUAGAAGAUACAUAUUUGAAUUUGCCAUCAUAUGCUUAUGAUGUAUAUAAUAAAAUGGCCAAUAUACUAACUAGCGGAAAACAGAAAAAAAAAUUAUUAAGUAUAGAUUGCCUAUUAAGAUAUUAUUUUAAUUUGACAUAUAAUGAUUCCUUUUUUUAUACAAGUCUAUUUUUUUUUCUAAUACCUAUAUUUUUAAUGUUAACCUUGACUGCUAUACUAUAUGUAAUAUUAAAAAUUUAUACCAUUGUUCAAAAAGAGGAGAUAAAUAAUAAAUUAUAUUUAUUAGAAACUGCAAAAAAUGAAAAUCUUCUUUUUUUGGUUAAGUCUUUGGAAACAAAUUACAAAAAAGAAAGAUUUAUCAUGAUACUACGAUAUAUAAACCUUCCUGAUAGCACAAUGUCUGAUAAUAUAUCAACAUUUUUUGAGGAUAUGAUACCAAUUUAUACUACUUUUUUAUUUCUAAUUCAUGCAAAAACAUCUUUGAGAAUGCUUCAAUUAUUUGAUUGUAGUUAUAUCCAAUAUACAAAAAAUUUUUCAAAGUAUAUACUAAAUAGCAGUAGUAGCGUUCAGUGUAAUUUUAAAACCCACGAUUAUUUAAAAUUUUUUAUAUUAGGUAUAUCUGGAACUGUUUUAUGGGCUUUAGGCAUACCUUUUUUAGCCUUUUUUAUAUUAUAUAACAAUAGACACAAUUUAUUUCAUGAAAAUAUUCGCAUAAAAUAUGGAUUUUUACAUAAUGGAUAUUUACCUAAUAGAUGGUAUUGGGAAGUUGUUGUUUUUAUUCGUAAAAUAACUAUUCUUUUUGUAACUACUGUUAUUGUUUUUCCUUCAGAUAAAAACAACAUAUAUAAAUUAUUAAUUAUAACUUUUAUUGCUAUUUUUUCCUUAUGUAUACAUUUUAUUUUUCAGCCUUUUGAUAAAAGGAAAUUUUUUAUAUUAAACAAACUAGAAAAUUUUAGUUUAUAUAUUUGGGUAUCUACUAUUAUGAUUAUAUCCGUUUUAAUGCAUGUGAAUUUAAAUGAAUUUACUAAUUUUUUGGUUUUUUUCUUCAUAAUUCUUCUUCAUGCUAUUUUUUUCAUAAAAUUACUAAUCUGUUUAUUUUAUGAAUGCAUAAGUAAUAUUAGACCAACACCAAAUAUUUCCAAAGUUCCCUUUAUUAAUUCAUGCGUUAAAGUACUAAUUCAGAUUGUAGAAACAAAAAAAAAACAAGAACCUCAAGUUUGUUAUGAUAAAUGCUCACGUCAACUAGCCGUCAUACUUCCGGAUAAAAUUUCAAUGGAAAGGAAUCGAGUAAAUAUUUAUGUGAUAGUUCAAAAUUUUAUCAAGAAAUUUAUAAGAAUUAAUUUUUCACAGCACUCUGAAUUAAAUAAAUUCGAAAAUCGAGCAAUAUGCACAUAUGAAUCUGAAUAUAAUGAAAAGAGCAAAAUGGUAAAGGUGCGAAGUUUUGAAAAUAUAGAAGAAGAAAAUUAUGGCAAUUGCUACAAUGAAAUGGUGUCUAGAAGUCAAAAGACAGAUUUAUCCAACUUUUUACUAAAAAAUACUAACCUUUCAAUUUAUGGAAGAAUAAAGAAUGAGCAUAGAAUGUUUGCAAUAGAAAUAUACAAUGAGAUGCUAGACAUAUUUUUAAAGCAUGUAACUUUUACAUAUAUUCCGGAUACCCUUUUUGAGUUUAUUUUUAAAAUUUCAGUUAAUAUUGGGAAAUUUAUUGAUGAACUAGACAAAAAUGAUAAAAUAUUUGAAUCAUUAAAUCAAGUAUUAGAUAUUAAUAAUAUGAUUCAAUGGCACCCAAAAAGAAAGGGCAAUUGUUAUCAAACUGAACAAAUAAAAAAAAAUAAAAUUCGUUUUAUAAGAAAUUCAACGUCUAGUUAUGAUCUAGUUAAUCGUGAAAUGCCUUCAUUAGAUUAUUCAUUCACAUUCUCUUGCGACGAUAUUGAAAAAGAACAAAUUAUAAAAAGAAAAAAAAAGGGAAAACAAAAGACAAAAAAUGAACCUAAAAAAUUAUACAUUUCAACUGAGGAACGGAAAAAGUUGUUUUCUUUUUUUAGCAAUGACUUAUUAAAAACCCGAAUUCAUUUGUCCAAGUUUUAUUUCAUACUUAUAGAACUGAAGAUAAAAUAUUUCCGAAAAUUACCAUCCUAUUUUUACUUAUUCAAACUGUAUAAGUUAUUAUUAAAAAAACGUGAAAUGAAAAAACUUAAAAUGUUAAAUAAAAAGUUGGAAAGAUAUAUAAUUGUUUCCCACGAUAAUGAGACAACAAUAAAUAAUCAAGAUAAUAAUGAUAUCGUAAAAAAUAUUAAAAAAAAUAUAAAUUUACUAUACAAAGAAUUUAAAGAACUCUCGAAAAUAAUGAACCAAUUAAAAUAUGAAUAUCUUAAUAUAAAAGAAGAUGAUAGUAAUCAAUCCCAAUGCAGCCAAUUUGAAAACGAAUAA